AUGUUUUCUUGCCUUUUACAUUCCUCACGCCCUACUGACAGCUAUUGCACUUUGGCGGCACCACUCAGCCAGACUGCCCGUACCCGUACGAUGACCUUCCAUGCAGCCACGGCGAAACGCAAGACCGAGCAUUCGGGAAUCAAGGAAUCUAACUUGCAUUUGUCCCGGGUCCUACUAAGCUCUUUCUGCCGUGCAAAAGGACGUUUCGUUUCGUUUUUCAUAUGCUAUCCAUUUCCUUUUGGGCUAACUAGGUUUCCGCGGGUUUUGUGGUCAAUAGGACUCGACAAAUCAUUAUUUACGCGCGUGCAUUUUUCGCCAUCAUUCUUUUCCCUUCUUGCACCACUACAAUUUUCCGGGAUUGUACGAUCGUAG